UAGUUCAAAGACACUUUCAGUGGGAGUUAACUUUAAACAAAACCGGAAACGUCUUCUACAGCUUCCUCAUCCAGUUUUGCGGACUCUGUAACUGUACUUAUACCAGCUUGACAACUCCCUUCUCCCGAUCUUCUCAUUGGCUGCAGAGUUGCGGUCAGGUGGAGACGUGAGUCCUGGUGCGUAUUUGGUGAUCAAGGGACUCUGAAAACUCGAGUGCGCUGCUGCUGCUGCUGCUGCUGCUGCUGCGUGUACCUCACUGCUCGACGCCGACCGAUCCGUGGAAGGGAUGGCAAACUCUAACAGACCCACCACCGAAAUUAGACACGUCUUCAGAGGAACAUUUAUUCACUCGACCCAGGAAACAGCGCUGCAGGUCCUGGAGGAUGCGCUGCUGGGAGUUGAUACACGUGGAAAGAUUGCUUUCAUUGGGGAAGGUGCAGAGCUAGACAGACUGUCUCAGACCUUUGGAUUCAGUCCAUCUGAAAUCACUCAACUGGCACAACAUGAGUUCUUCAUGCCCGGAAUGGUGGACACCCACAUCCACGCGUCACAGUACAGCUACGCUGGCACAGCCCUGGACAUGCCCUUGCUGCAGUGGCUCAACACCUACACGUUUCCUGUGGAGUCGCGCUUCAAGGACUUAGAGUUUGCCCACAGGGUCUACACUCGGGUGGUGAAAAGGACCCUGAGAAAUGGAACAACCACCGCAUGCUACUUUGCUACUAUACACACGGAUGCCUCUCUUCUGUUGGGCCAGACUGCAAAUGACUUUGGACAGCGUGCCUUGGUGGGCAAGGUGUGCAUGGACAGGAACAACUCGGUGAAACAUUACAAAGAGACCAAUCAGGAGUCUCAAGAGGAAACCCGUCGGUUCAUUGCAGAGCUCUUGAACAGAAAGUACCCGCUCGUGAAGCCAGUGGUGACCCCCCGCUUCGCUCCAUCCUGCUCAGGAGCCUUGCUAGGACAGCUGGGAGCAAUCGCUAAGAAUAACAACCUGCACAUUCAGAGUCAUAUCAGUGAGAAUGUGGAGGAAGUGAAGCUGGUAAAGGAGCUGUUCCCUGAAUCAGAGUCUUACACAGACAUCUAUCACAAAUACAACCUGCUUACUGACAAGACAGUGAUGGCCCAUGGCUGCCACCUCAGUGAUGAAGAGCUGGAUCUGUUCCGAGAGACAGGAGCCUCUUUGUCUCAUUGUCCCAAUUCCAACAUUUCGUUGUGCAGUGGAGUGCUGAACGUCCGCAAUGUCCUGAAGCACAAAGUGAAGCUGGGGCUGGGAACAGAUGUGGCGGGCGGCUACUCGGCCUCGAUGCUUGAUGCUGUGAGGAGAGCUCUGGACACGUCCAAAGUCUUGACCAUCCAGGACCCAGAACACGACACACUCACCUUCGAGGAGGUGUUCAGACUGGCCACACUGGGAGGCAGCCAAGUCUUGUCCCUGGAUGACCAAAUAGGGAACUUUGAAGUGGGCAAAGACUUCGAUGCCCUGAGGGUGAAUGUAGCUGCUCCCGAUGGACCCAUCGACCUGAUCCAGUGUGACGGACCAAAGAUUCUUGUGGAAAAAUUCUUGAAUUUGGGCGAUGAUCGGAACAUAGUUGAGGUGUUUGUUGCCGGUCGGAAGGUGGUGCCAUUCGCAGAACCAACGCUCUAAACUCUUCAUCUCUUCCAGACCAUCUGAGAGAUGCAAUACGUGCAGCACAUGAAUGAUCGGCUGGAAACACCCCUUUUGCUGCACCGUUUUGCUUUGAAGCUAAGACAAAUAUGUUGAAAAUGAAUUAUCAUCGUGAAAUUCAGUGGACAGAACAGGCGAUGAUUGUCAUGCGUGACUUCUGUCAGCUGAAUCAGUCUUCUUUUUUUAACUCUCUCAUGAAGAUUACUGGGCUUCAAAACAGGAAAUAAGGAGCAUGUUAUGUUUUUGUGUGUGUGUGUUUGCAUAUUCAUGCACCAGCGCUUGCUAAUUGACAAGUUAUUUUUUAAUGCUCUCUUUGCUUGGAUGCACAUUGUUGUAGUUUUCGUCUGUUUGUUUGUUUUAUUAAGUCGUAUGGGUGAUGGUAGCCUCUGGAGUUUGCCAGUCACAACCAGUAGGGGAUUUAAGGGCUUAUGGGUGAUGACACCUUCCUUGUUAACUUGCUAACUGUGUUGUGUAUUGAUAAGUCAGUGGUGCUGUCUGUGGUGCUAAAGUAUCAGAUGGAUUUCUAAUUGUGCCUUUAUAAUAUCCUCUAAACCAGUGAUUUCCCCACCAGGGGAAUCACUUGCCAAGAGCUGCCUGGAAAGACUUUAAAAAAACAAAACAGAAUUUAUGCUUUGAUUUUAAAAAAGCAGAACUACAUAUUGAGUCAGCUAUAACAGUUGAUUUAGUUGUUCUUGCAACUAAAGGUUAUCAAGCAAGCAGAGGACAUGAAUCUAAAAGACAUGGUUAAAUGGUAUGACAGGAAUGACAGCAAGUUUGACCAGACUGGCCUGAACAGUUAAUCUGAUUAAAUGUAGAAUAACAUCCAGUUUAAAGUUAAUUCAAAUGCACCGAUCUGGAGCGUAACUGAUGAUGUUGAUGAACGGGUACUCAAGCUGAUCAGACAGGAGGGUCGGGAAGGUUGGGAACCAUAUGUACUAUAAAUACUCAAUUCUAUACUAUAUUGUAGCCUUUCUAGUCCAUAUAGUUUUGGCAUCUUCACAAUCAAAGUGAUAAUUGUAUACACAAAGCUCCCAGUAGAAGUUCUGUAGUAUUCCUAUUAUAUUUUUGUGAUCAUUCUGUGGCGUCUGUGCUGCUGAAAAUACACCUCCAGUCGAACUCACCUUUGUACAAAAUACUGUAGCGGAGACGUGACUGCAGUUUUUACUUUAGAUGUUCGGGUUAUGGUUGCAUGCUUCCAUCAGGCGUCCCGAAAGUCUCCUCCAUUGGAAUGUGUUCAUAUCACGUUGCGCUACCUCAAGAAAUUUAAAGCAGACAAUCAUCCAUAAAGUUAAGUGACAUAUUAACAUAGCACACUGUGCUGAAGGCAUAAAGACGUUUGAUGCUCAGUGUAGCCGCAGUUUCUGGUCUGAGAACAGCUUGACGAUCUCAUUUUCAGUGCUUGUGUAACUAUAAAAUGCGUGACUUGAGUUAUAAUCAGUUAUAGUCAGUUCAGUUUUUACACUGCACACUCCACUGAGGUGUUUAAAAUGAUACUAGUACAUGAUUAUAGUAUUUUAUAGUAUUCACUUGAGUUGAUUUGACUCAUUCCGUUUUUAUUUUGUUUCAGAAGGUCAAAUUGCAGUCCUCACUGUGGUGAAACUGGAGACUCAUGACACAAACUCAAACAGAGUGGAAAGUUAAAUUGUACUUAACCUGAUGUCUUAUUAUCCAAAUCAGUUAUUCAUCAAUUUAAACUGUUUUGCUAUUCAGACAGUUGCUUUUUAAUAUUCACUCAAAUUAAAUAACAUUACAAACUGCCUUACAAGAUUUUGGGAAAUUAAGGGAAAUCAAAUGGACUCUUUGCAGAAAAUGUUUGUCUUUAUAAUGUAUGUAAAAGACAAGUUUACUUUUUUAACUGAAAUAUAGCCAAUUUCUAUGACAAUAUAUCCCUCUAUGAUACCAGACUGUUUAUGCUUAAGGCUGCCGAACUCACCGAUCUGUCCCAUCAUGGAUGCUUGAAAUAAAGAACAUCACCACGCCUG